GACUGGAGCCCUUGAGACAUGAAGUGGUUACUGUUCUUUGGGGCCCUUAUCGGGACAGGCAUCUGCGGCCGAGACAAGUUCUUUGGGGACCAAGUUUUUAGGAUUAAUGUCAGAAAUGGAGACGAGAUCAGGAAACUGACCGAGCUAGUGAAUUCGGACCACUUUAAGCUCAAUGUCUGGAAAUCUCCCUCCACUUUUGAUCGGCCUGUGGAUAUUCUCGUCCCUUCUGUCAGCUUGCUGCCAGUCAAGUCCUUCCUGAAGUCCCAGGGUUUAGACUACUCAGUGACAAUUGACAACCUACAGGCUCUCUUAGAUAUUGAAGAUGAAGAAAUGCAACACAAUGAAGGGAGAGAACGGAGUGGUGACUUCAACUACGGAUCUUACCAUUCCCCGGAGGCUAUUUACCACGAGAUGGACAGUAUUGCCACAGACUUCCCUGACCUGGCAAGCCGAGUGAAGAUCGGAGAGACAUUCGAAAAGCGGCCCAUGUAUGUUCUCAAGUUCAGCACGGGAGGAGGAGGCAAGAAACGGCCAGCCAUUUGGCUGAAUGCAGGCAUCCAUGCCCGUGAGUGGAUCUCACAGGCCACUGCCAUCUGGACAGCAAGGAAGAUUGUGACUGAUUAUCAGAAGGACCCAGCUGUCACCUCCAUUUUAGAGAAAAUGGAUAUUUUCUUAUUGCCUGUGGCCAAUCCUGACGGAUAUGUGUACACACAAAACCAAAACCGAUUGUGGAGGAAGACACGGUCCCGGAACCCAGGAAGCCGCUGUAUUGGAGCUGAUCCAAACAGAAACUGGAAUGCUAGUUUUGCAGGAGAGGGGGCCAGCAAUAACCCUUGCUCUGAAGUAUACCAUGGCUCCCACCCCAAUUCUGAAGUGGAGGUGAAAUCGGUGGUGGACUUUAUUCAAAAGCAUGGGAACUUCAAAUGCUUCAUUGACCUGCAUAGCUACUCACAGCUGCUGAUGUAUCCCUAUGGGUACUCGGUCAAGAAGGCCCCAGAUGCCGAGGAGCUGGACGAUGUGGCGAGGAGUGCAGCCAAAGCCCUGGCUUCUCUCUCGGGAACCAAGUACCAAGUGGGACCGACUUGUACCACCGUCUAUCCAGCUAGCGGGAGCAGCGUUGACUGGGCAUACGACAACGGCAUCAAGUAUGCUUUCACAUUUGAGCUGAGAGACACUGGGCACUAUGGCUUCCUCUUGCCAGCCAGCCAGAUCAUCCCCACUGCGGAGGAGACCUGGCAAGGGCUGAAGGUCAUCAUGGAACACGUUAGGGACAACCUCUACUAGUCAGAGAACUCUCAUAUUUUACCCCUUAGACCACCGCAGUUAAAGAUCACUUCUUCAUGAACAGGUCGGAGCCUUCUGGGUUGGUAGAGAACUCAGCUGGCUCCUCUCCAGCCUUGCUUCCAGAGGUCACACAUCCUGGUGGCCAGCAUGUGAGGAACACUUCCUCCGUGUGGUGGUUGGUCCUGCUGUUCGGCUGAGCCUUUGGUAUGCCUCUCUAUGUAUGCAGCUGGUUAGGCAGGCCACGAGCAAGAUCAUUGCUUCCUGGUAGCCUACGGCUACCUCACUUUUAGAUCUUCGAUGGUUCUCUAGUCUCUACAUGUAGCCUCGGGCAGGGCUCCAUGGGAGGUGCUGAGAGAGGCAAUGCUUGCCUUAGAACUCUGUAAUUUCUCCUUUAGACAUGUUCUCUCUUUUCUCCUUUAGACAGGGUCUUACUAUUUUGCCCAUGCUAGUCUGAAGCUCCUGGGGUCAAACUCUACUCCCAUCCCUAGUCUCCACAGUAGUGGUAUGCAGCUCAGGAACACACUUUUCUUUGAGGAACAAAUCCUACUUGCCCACCAUCAUAGCUGUUCCUACUCUGCUUGUUCCUCCUACUCCAUUUCAUCAUAUCUUCUUCUUCAUCAUCAAUCAUCAUCAUCAUCAUCAUCAUCAUCAUCAUCAUCAUCAUCAUCAUCAUCAUCAAUCAUCAACACUGAAACAGGAUCUCUAUGUAGACAUGACUGUCCUGGAACUUGCUAUAUAGACCAAGCUGGCCUCAAACUUACAGAGACCUGCCUGGCUCUGCCUUCAGCAUCCAUUAAAGGAAUUAAAGACGCCUAUCACCAUACCUGGCUCAUCUUAAUUCUUUUCCGUUGGCUUGCGUACACAAUCAAGCCUUUGUCCAUUACAAGGUUCAGUGUUCAGAUGAUGCCCACUUUCGUAACCCUCUUUUCUUUAUAUUUGGUGUUGCUGGGAUCCUCACAGGGGUCAGUUGGUUAUACUGUAGGUGAUGCUCACAGGGCUCGUGGGGAACCCGGGGCUAGACUGCAGGGACAGAUUAGCACCAUCUGUCCACUGGCCUCCCCACCACUCUGCCUUUUGAACUCACUUCAAAGAUUUUGACCUCACACCACAGGUCCUAAAUCAUCCUAUAGCCUGGAUAACCUCAGGGCCUCCACACAUUCCAGCCAGGGCUCUGGUGUACCCUGUGGUUCAGUCUCCUGGUCUCUUUCCUCCUGUGUUUAAAGUUACCUUCUAUUUUGCAUCCUGGGCCCUGAGUACCUACCUGGAACAAGACUUCAUCAUCAGCCAGACACUUCCUGUUCUCUUCCUAGCACACACCAUCUGCCCUAUUUGUGUUGUGGUUUUGUUUUUGUUUUUGUUUUUGUUUUGUUUUCUUCGGCUUUUUUUUUUUUUCUCUCUGUUUUCAAUCAUGUCUGUAAAUCUUAACCUUCUGCCUAGGAUUUGGGCAGCAUCUAGUAUGUCCUCCUAAGCCAAUAAAUAUUCAAUAUGGUCUCAUGA